AUGGCUCCACUAAGUGCACGCAUUGGUCCUUCCAUUCUUAAUGCAGAUCUUUCUCAACUGCACGAGGAAUCCCAAAAGUUGCUCGAGAAUGGUGCGGAUUAUCUGCAUCUAGACGUGAUGGAUGGCACGUUCGUACCGAAUCUCACCUUUGGCCAUCCCGUAGUCAAGUGUUUGCGGAACAAAAUCAAGGAUGCAUUCUUCGAAACACAUAUGAUGGUGCAGAAUCCCCAGCAAUGGAUCGAACCGAUGGCUGAUGCCGGCGUCCAGCAGUACACGUUUCACAUCGAACCGGUCCUCGACACGGUACCGGACGUCUGUAGGAAGGUGCGUGAGGCUGGCAUGAAGGUUGGUUUAGCCAUCAAGCCGGGAACGGCGGUAGAAAUGGUUCAGCAGUACAUCGAUGCCGCGGACAUGGUGCUGGUCAUGACGGUGGAGCCCGGUUUCGGUGGACAGAAGUUUAUGGCCGACAUGAUGCCAAAGGUGCAGUGGUUGAGGGAACAUUACCCUUCGCUGGAUAUCGAGGUGGAUGGAGGCGUAGGACUCGGUACGAUCGAACAGUGUUCGAAGGCGGGCGCUAACAUGAUCGUUGCCGGUACCGCGAUCAUUCGGGCCGACGACCAGGCGGCGGUUAUACGUGAUUUGAGGAAUUCGGUGCAAAGUGCAAUUAGUCAUGGAGCAAAAUGUUGA